GGCGCCCCGCCGCUGCCGCGGCCUCCCGGGAGCCGGGGAGGAGAGAGGCGGCUCCGGCGGGCGGAGGCCGGGCGGCGCGGCGGCGAUGGUGCCUUCUCCGUGUGCCCCCGCGCCCUGACGGGAAGCUGGUGGCCACAGGUUUUCAUCAUUGAAUGGGAGGGACUCCUGGGCUGGGCACAGCUCCCUUUAUGACAGAUCCAGUAGCACCUUUUUUCCUGCUUCUAAAAGUUGCUAAGGUUUGUCUUAAUUUCGACACACUGCGGGAAACGACUGUGGGUCAGCAUGGGCUGUCGGGAUGUUCAUGCAGCAACGGUACUGGCCUUCCUCAGUGGAACAGCCUCAGUAGCUGGACUCCUUGCAGCAGUUUUGCUUCCAAACUGGAGGCAAAUGAGACUGUACACAUUCAACAAGAAUGAGAGGAAUGUGACUGUUUAUACUGGACUCUGGAUCAAGUGUGCUCGCUUUGAUGGGAGCAGAGACUGUGUGAUCUAUGACCCACAGUGGUACACUGCUGUUGAUCAACUGGAUUUGCGUGUUCUUCAGUUUGCCCUUCCACUGAGUAUGUUUACUGCUGUCUCAGCUCUGUUUCUCUGCUUGAUUGGCAUGUGUAACACAGCCUUUGUAUCCACUGUGCCAAACGUCAAAUUGGCCAAAUGCCUUGUAAACAGUGCAGGCUGCCAUCUCGUGGCUGGCCUCUUGUUCCUGCUUGCGUGUGCUAUUUGUCUCACUCCAUCUAUCUGGGUCAUUUUUUAUAACAAUUAUCUGAACAGAAAAUAUGAGCCUGUCUUUAGCUUUGACAUCUCUGUAUUUAUUGCCAUUGCCAGUGCUGGCGGUCUGUUUUUCACUUCUGUUCUGCUGUUUCUGUGGUACUGCGCGUGUAAAAGCCUCCCUUCUCCUUUCUGGCAACCCCUCUAUUCCCAUGCCCCUAGCAUGCACAGCUAUGCUUCUCAGCCGUAUUCUGCACGCUCUCGCCUCUCUGCCAUAGAAAUUGAUAUUCCUGUUGUGACACAUGCAUCUUAAGAAGACAGAAUUGUGGAAGCCCAGUUCAAACCGUGAAAAUUGCAGGCUUGAUUCUCUCUGCUGCCUUGCACUGAGCAUAAUCAUUUGUAAGGUCAAGUUUCCAAGGUGCAAAGUAAUGGAGACCCGAGUUCAGCAAGUCCACUGCUAUUCUUGUGUGUUACUUUCUGACCAACAUUUUUUUUUAACUCUGAGCCCACUGCAGACAAAAUUGCUGCUAAUGCUGGGACAGUACACUGACAAUAGUAUCCGUUCAUCCUUCAGUUUACUGAGAUAAAAGCAGGUUUGAACCUCUUUGAUAUUUGAUAAGCUAUUAUUAGAUUCUGAUCCCAUUGUAAAAGCUACAUAGGUGGACCCUUGCACCCAUGCAUUAUCCAAAUUCAGACAGUGGAACUGGGUGCAGGGGCUUCACUGAGUUUCUUGUUCAUCUAGACACACGUACUUCAAGAUGUGAUGUCUGAAAAGGGUAUUUGGCAGACUAAUUCGGUUGUGCAGCACUGUUCUUUGCUUUCCACUGCGCGCACAGAAAGCUACCCAUUUAAGAACUUCUAGAAUAGAAUUAGUGCCAAAUUACCCUUUCUUUUCAAAGUACCUAUCAGAAGAAACAAAGCUGAUGGAACUAAUAAUGUUCUUCUGUACUGUAAUAGCAUUUUGUGAAUUACUGGAGGCUAGGAAGUUUUGUGAAUUUUAUUUCUAGUCUUUUUUUUAAUGUUAGCAAAUUUACUAGAUCUAUUUUGUGAUUAAAACAGAAACCACUUGUAUUUUUAAAUUCUGUUUAGAAACUUGAAUAUAUUAUUUGAAGGCCAUCUUAAAGAUGGAUUUUCAAGUAGGCUUUAAAGUGUUAUUCAGUUCCGGAGAGAAAUGUCACUCACUGGAAAAUGGAUUAGGAAAAUGACGAAGAAUUCUGAAGGCUGUGAAAAAGUCUUUUGGAACACUGUACACAAGCUGUAACAACAUCUCUUUAGGAAGGGGUUUAUAACCCUGGGGAGAGAUUUUUAAAUCUAGAUGGAUUUUGUUGUUUUGCUUUGUUUUUUUUAGUGUAUAUACAAGUAACAGUGAGCUUGUGUAUUUUUCAGAGUCGAUCUUUAUGGUUGUUGGACUCUUCAUGCUGUAGCUUAUUUAAUUACUGAUUGAGACUUAACCUUUUCGGCCUUGUUCUUCAACACCUUUCAAGUUGAGCUAUUUUAAAAUCCAGUUAUUUCUUACGCUGUCACCUCACAGCUGGAAACAGUUUCCUAAUCCGGUUUUCUGAAAGAUGAGGUUUUGUAUAACUUGUGAGCUUCACCUUGUAGCUCUACAAGGAUGAGGAGGGAUUAUAAAUUCUCAACCUGGGAUGUCUUUAAUUUUUUUUUUUUUUUCUUUCUAAAAUGCAGAGCAGGUCAGCCCUAAGGAUCAAAGCUUUUCAACAUGGGCUUUGCAAUUACUUGGAAAUUUGAUGGCAGUGAGUUGAAGUGUUAUAAUUAAGGCAAGUUUUGCUCAGAUUUGCUCAGAUUUUGACAAACUGAGAUCUUGUGUUUAAGACAUCAUUCCAGUAAGGAAAGUUACUUCAUUUGGUGGCAUUCUGGAGCUUACUGGAUAUUUGUAUUUCAUUAAUCUCAGAACAAAUUUCCUUUGCUGAAAAGUCAAAUAGAGUUCUUUAAUUCCAGUUUUGCAAACUCAUCUGAGGUCCUGGAAGGCAGUUAAUUCCCUUUUCCACGUAUUAGAAAUAGGAACAAAUGCUGUGCUGGGCAAAUCUUCUUCUGUUAUCAUCUGUGAUAGAGUUUUACCUGGUAGACCUUGGACUUCAGUGGACUGAGUGAGGAAGUUGAUCUCUGUCAUAAAUUCCCAGCACAGUCAGUAAAGUGACAGGCCUUUCAGGCAGAAUGCUUGAUUAAAUUGCAGUCUAAGGAAUUAACGCUGUAGAUGAUAAAGAAUAGUUAAGGAGGUAGGCCUCUGAAGUUACAUGAAUUGAGUGCCCUGUUAGGUUUACAAGAUAAGAUGUUAUAUGAAGUAUCUUUUUUUUUUAAUUUAUUUUAUUUUAUGUUAUUUUAACCAGAUCAUGACUUGUAUGGGAUUAGAACAUGUAUAAUGACAUGGAAGCCAGCUCUUUUUUUUUCUUCAAAAUUGAACUUUGCUUUACAGUUACUGUGGUUGUCAGACCUUAGAUACUGUUACUGUUUCAGCUGCCCAUAUCCUUAGAUGCUUUGUCAGGCCAAAGCAAAGGGACCACUGGUUUGUGAUUUCACAUCAGCUUGUUUCCCCAUCACUCCAGUGUCUUUUCUUGAUUGUGCCUUGCUUAAGUUAUGAGUUGGCCAGUAAAUGUUAGUUUACAGUCAGUGUCUGGUAUGCUUUUUGAGCCUGAAUUUACAAAGCAUUUUGAUCAUUUUGAAGGGAUGAUGAAUACAUCUCUCAGUGACUUUAAAAGGAGCUGAAUCAUCAGCAUUCUCCAGAGCAAGGAAGGCAGACGGGUAAACUGAUGUUUUCUACAAGAGAGAAAAUGCAGCCAGUGUUUUGUUCUGUACACUUUAAAUAGUAGAUGUGUCUGACAGCUCUUUUGUAUUCUGACUUUGAUUUUUAUGCACUAAACUUCGAAUCAGUAUUUGCUGCUGCCUAAGCUGAUAACUUGUUGCUUUGAAAAUUGUGUCUUUCCAGAAGUUUGAGAUGGAUCUGAGUUACGAAAAGUGGAGAUCCAAAAGUUACUGGAUUCUGGCGUAGGUUUCAGUUAAGGUCAUCUUUAUCGAAAAGACUGUUGUAUCCUGUUGUAUCACUGAGGCACGGCUGUGUUUCUUUCAACAGUGCUGUUAAUGUGAUUUUCUGCUGGAUCCUAAGUGAAAUUAACUGCAAGUGCUGUGCUGUAUUUCUCCUUCCUUACAGAAAGAGGUGGCCAACCUGUGACACUUGAGCCGAGUGCUACUCCAGCAUUUCUUUUGCUAAGGUUACUGUCGUGCCCAGCAGCAGGGCUGGGGAGUGACGGGCCCCCCUGGAUUUGGGGAGAAGAUCUCAUGUAUCCCGCGUGUAUCUCUGCUGGGGAACAGCGGCUGUGGAGUGGUUAGCACCCCUGCUUCUGACCAGCUUUGUUGUGUACGGGACAGGCACUCUGGGCCUUGAACACAAAAGUUUUGAUUUGUGGCUCAUGCAGUCAAAGGUUGGGCGCUCUGGGAUUACAGAAAUCUGUAUUUUUUUCAAGUAAUUCCUGUCCAACUUCUUAAAUUGUGUUUAAUUAGUGUUGGUUCUUUUUAUGUGAAACAGAAGAUACGUAUUUUUAAUAAAAUGUUCUCAUACA